AUGGCGUCAGAAUUCACCGUCGACGACGGCCUCGUCGCCAAAGUAACCAACUACGUGGAAUCCUACAUGGCAAACUACGACCCGUCCCACGACUUCAACCACAUCCAGCGCGUCCUACGCCUCGCCAAACACAUCCAAGCCACACUCCCCGGCACCUCUCUCGGCAUUGUCACACUCUCGGCACUGCUCCACGACGUCGGCGACAAGAAGUACCUCAAGCCAGGCGAGGACUCGUCCCGUCUCGUCUUGGACGUGCUCCGCUCCUUUGGUGCUUCGGAGAGCCUCGCCGAAAAAGUACAAGCAAUCUGUCUGGGGGUCAGUUACUCGAGCGAAGUAAAGGACCCGAGCAGGGUGGUGAAGCUGAUAGAGGAGCAUCCCGAGUUGGCGGUUGUCCAGGAUGCGGACCGGUUGGAUGCCAUUGGGGCCGUGGGAAUAGGCAGAGCGUUUGCGUUUGGCGGCGCCAAGAACAGGGAUAUGGGCAACACGAUUGAGCAUUUCGAGGAGAAGCUGGUGCGGCUGGAGGGCAUGAUGAAGACGGAUGAGGGGAGGAGGCUGGCCAGGGAGAGGACAGAGAGGAUUGUGUUGAUGCAGAAGUGGUGGAGGGACGAGACUGAAUCAUGA